AUGGACGAGGACGAGAUGGAGACCCUCCUUGAGAUGGAGCGGGACAUUGAAAAUGAGAGACGUGUCCCAGAGCCGCCCCUCUUUUUCGAUAUGGACGACGAGCCUCUUGAUGUCAGCGUCCAGGCGCCGAGCGCCACACCGCUUGACCCGCCUUCUAGCGUCGAUCCGACGCCCCUCGCAGCUCCAGACAUGCUCCAGACGCUUUCUGCGCCUAUUUCCAUCGAUCCUACUGCGCACAUUCAUGCGCUGCCCGCAGACGUGCCGGGCACUUCUCGUGCGGCGGCGCGCGCGGCGCCCGCGCUCGACAAGUACGUCCCUGCUGCGCCGCUAAGCGCUGUGCGCAUGGACGGCUCGCCCAUCGUUCUCCGCCGGCGCCGGCGGCAUGCGGCGUGGCGCCCUAUUCCAUCGCGCACCUCGACGGCGCCGCUCCUCGCGGAGCCGCUCGACGUGCUUCUUCAACGCGCGCGCGCACCGCUCGCACCGAGCCCCGAGACGACUGCACGCCCGCCGCCGCUGCCAAGCACCGAUUCGCGCAUGUGGGUCGACAAGUACCAGCCGCGCGCCUUUGCCGAGCUGCUCGGCGACGAUCGCGUCCACCGUGACGCUUUGCGGUGGCUCAAGACGUGGGACCCCUGCGUCUUUCAACGUGCCGCGCCGCCCUCGCGCGCCCCUGCGUGGGCGGAGGAGCGCGCGCCAGAUCCGUACGGCCGCCCCACGGAGCGCGUGCUCCUCGUGGCCGGUGCGCCAGGCCUCGGAAAAACGACGUUGGCGCACGUUGUUGCGCAGCACGCGGGCUACCGCGUGUACGAGCUGAAUGCAAGCGAUGCACGUACGGCGAACGACGUACACACUCGUGUGCGCUCGGCGCUCGAGUCGGACAGUCUGCGUGGCGGUGGGAAACCGACGCUCGUGGUCAUUGACGAGAUUGACGGCGCCACGGGCGGAGGCAGCGAGGCCCUCGGUGCGUCAGGCUUUGUGCGUGCGCUUGUGCGCCUCCUCGAGGACGGCCGCGGCACUUCGCGCGGCAAGGCACGCGCGCGGCCGCUGCUCCGCCCGAUCAUCUGCGUGUGCAACGACUUGUAUGCGCCGGCGCUGCGCCCCCUGCGCCCUCUCGCGCGGGUGCUGCGGUACCACCGCGCGCCGACCCCCGUCGUCACGCGCCGCCUGCGCGAUAUCUGCGCGCGAGAGCAGCUGCCCGCCGAGGCACAGGGCCUCUCGCUGCUGUGCGAGCUUGCCCACGGCGAUCUGCGCGCGUGCCUGCAUGCGCUUGAGCUGCUCCACCGCCAGGGCGCCGCGGUGCGCGUGGACGCGGUGCGCGAGGCGUCGCUCGGCAUCAAGGACAGCGUCGUGCCGCUGCAGCGGGUGUGGGCGCAGCUAUUCUGCGGCGUUGAUCGCGCGCGUCUGGGCACGCCGUCCACGGGCGCUGCGACGCAGUCGCUCGUGCAUGAGCUGACCCUGUUCGCCGAGUACGAGCGCCUGCUGCUCCACUGCUUUGAGCACUACCUGCACCUGCGCGUGCCGGACCAGGGCUGGCAGCGGUACGCCGACGCGCACGACUGGCUGCACCUCGCGCAGUGCCUCUUGCACCAUGCGUGGGGCGGCGGUGGGCACAGCCAUGGCACGGCAUUUGAGCUGCUGGGCUUUGUGCCGUGGACGCUGGUCGGGUGGCACCGCCUCUUUGUGCAUCGCGCGAACCCUGUGCCGGAGCAGGCGCCGCGUACGGACUAUGAGAUGCAUCUGCGUGAGAAGGAGACGCACGAGGCCAUCGCCGCGCUGCACGCACAUGUGCCGGCGGCCCACGCGCCGUUCUACGAUCGCCGCACGCUCGCCUCCGAGGUGGCGCCCGCACUCACGCGCAUCCUGAGCCCCGACCUCCGGUGGGCCGCGCAGGCCGCGACGCCCGAGAGCCAGCCCGCGCUGGCGCAGCUCGUCGACACGAUGCUGCUCUAUGGGAUGCAAGCGCAACGAGCACGGCGCGCUCGUGCACCGCCUGCAGCCCUCGCUCGAUGUGUUUGCGCAGUACGAGGGCAUGCCGUGUGA